GCUGUGUUGAUAACCCGUCCUGCGCUGCUCCUCGUCGCUAAGCGGACUAACAUGUGAUUUCUUGGUUCUGUGGACGGAUUCUUCCUGGAGCUGAGAUCCGGUCUCAACUGAAACCAUGCUGAAGUGGUUUUCUGCUGAAGAGGGAGAACCUGGGUCUGGAGGCCCGGGCUCUCCCCUCCGUGCUGCUGGCGCCGGCGAGCUGGCUGUGGAGGAGGCGGCCGAGCGGCUGAGCCACACCGAGCUGCUGGUCACUCAGCUGAAGGAGAUGAUCCGAGAAAAGGAUGCAACGCUUCGCACCAAAGACGAGCAGCUGAAGGUGGAGAAGGAGGCUUGUGAUGCCAAACUGUCGAAGCUGCGUCUCCAGAACAAAGCCAAGGUGACGUCCCUCACGUCCCAGCUGGAGGAGCUGAAGAGGCAACAGGGGGGUCCGGGCACGCCCACACACAGCAAGAAGGGAUCAUCAGAAGCAGGAGAGCAAGCCAGUCGGGGAAAGAUUGUCUUACUGAAGAAGAAAGUUGAGGAACUUGAACAGCAACUUGCACAAAGAAACAAUGAGCUGGAAAACAAGCGGAAGGAGGUGGAGUCGCAGCGGCAGCGAGGAGAGGAAAUGGACACGAUGCUGACGGAGAAGGAGCGGAAACUGGUGGAGAAGGAGGCCUACAUCGUCCACCUGCAAACAGCUCUGGCAGGAGAUCAGCCCGUCGCACCUCCUCCACAACAGGUGGUGGAGGAGGGUGGAGCCAUGCAGGAGCUCCAGCUGCUGGUGCAGAGUCUGACCAGGAAGGUGGGAGAAGCAGAGGAGCGCUACAGUCUCCUGCAGGAGCAGGCGGAGAGCCUGAAGGAGCUGCUGGUCACAGAGAAGGAGCAGUACGCUCAGAAGGAGAACAUGUACAAACAGAACAUCCAGACAUUCAAAGACAUCCUCAUUCAGAAAGAUAACCAGCUGAUGGAGAUCAACCAGAUGCACGAGCAGGAACUCUUCAAGCUCGCAGCCAAGUCUGAUGCCAGCGCCGACCUGGAGCAGCUUCUGAAGGCCCUCAAACAGAAGCUCCAUGAGAAGGAGGAGGUGCUGCUGGGUAAAACGCAGGUCAUUGAUGUUCUCCAGGGAGAAGUGGAUGGAAGAGACCAACAGAUACAGGAACUGACUGAGAAGCUCCGUCGGCUCCAGGUUGAACGAGAGAGCUUGGCCUCCAAGAUGGAGGCAGAGAAGCACGUGAUGCGAGCACAGCUUCGCGACCUGAUGGAGAAACAGCAGGCGGAGGUGCAGCGGCUGAGCGAGCAGCAUCGCUCCCUGGUGGACCAAGCCCAGCAGGACUUCCUGGAGCAGCUGGAGGAGCUGAGGAGAACCUCGGGAGCAGCGCCACCUGCCAGUCAGGAGGCCUCGGAGUCGGGAAGCAUGACUGCUGAUUCAGCCUCCAUCCAAAGAAUGGCUGAGCUAGAAGCACAAGCAAAGCAGAAGACGGAUGAAGCCAGCAGAUCAGACGCCAAGUUCUUGAAGAUGAAAGCUUGGUCGAAGUCUCGGAUCAGACAGUUGGAGGAGGAGCUAAAGAAAAGCCAAGCUGGAGGCGCCCCCCCGGACCUGACGGCUCUGAGGAGUCAUAUCACGGCUCUGGAGGAGGAGAGGGAGGAGAACCUCUGGAAGGUCGAGCAGUACGAGGAGCUCAAGACGAAGAAUGAAAUGCUGGAGGCGAAGCUGGUGGUGUACGAGGAGCAGCAGAGGAGUCUCCAGGCCGACCUGGAGCAGUUCAAUAAGAGGGCCGCCUCUCAGGCCAGUGAGUCAGGAAGUGCUGACGACUCCCAGAGCCAGGUGCUGGAAUGGCAGGAGAUGGUGACGGAGGCGGUCAGUGCCAGGGACCGGGCCAAGGAGGAGAAGGUGGCCAUGGCGCUCCGCAUUAGCCACAUGGAGGAGGAGAGAGAGGCACUGGCCUCUCGGCAGCAGGAGUUGGAGGAGGAGCUGGCUCAGUCCCGGGGGCUCGGCCAACACAGGGUCAAGAAGCUCACGGCCCCGGCCCAGCGGAGCCUGCAGGAGGACUUUGAGUUUGACGGACAGGUCCAGUUCCAGGACCCUCGCAGCGCCUCGCAGAGCACCCCCCCGAUGGAGGGGGAGAACAUGGGAGAUGGUUUGCGCUCUGUGGUGGAGGAGCUGGAGCUGGAGAGGAACCAGCUGCAGGAGCAGAUCCUGAGCCUGGAGGAGCGCUGUCAGGAUCUGGAGGAUCGACAGCAGCUGCAGUCUCGCAUGGAGGCGUUUCAGAACGAGUCCGAGAAACUUCAGAGUCAACUCGCCAGCGUCCGAAUUCAGCAGAGCAGAGACGCAGAGAAACAUCAGCUGCUGGUCGCCAGUCUCACCGAGCAGCUCAAAGGACUGAGUAACACACAGGAGUGUCUGGAAAGUUCACUGAUCGAGAAGGAAAACACUUUGGCUAAAACGUCGGAGAAACUUGAGCUGAUCGGCAGCCUCAGAGAAUCUCUGAGCGAGAAGGAGAUUCAGUUCAAAGACGUCUCUGAGCGGCUCCUUCAGACCGAGCACACUCUCGACAACGUCUCCACAAAAUGCAGCAGGUCGGAGAAACACUGUUCGGAGUUAAAGGCCGAAGUGUGUGACCUCACGCAGAAGUUUACUCUUCUGAAAGAGAAGACACAAAAGCAGGAAGUCGCCAUAGAAGCUUUACAGACGGAGCUGGAUCAGACAAACGAGGAGCUGGACAAACUAAACUCCGCCCACCUUGAGGAGCGAGCCCAACUCAUUCACGAUCUUCAGACCUGUGAGCGGGAAAUUGACAGUCUCAGAGAAGUCGUGGCAGAAAAGGACAAGGAGAUAUCAAGCCUCUCUGCCAACAUGGUGGAGUACACGGAGCAGAUCACGGUCCUGAAGCAGGAGAUGAAACUCAAAGAAGAGAACCUGGUUCAGGUGGAAACGGCUCUGAGGCGAGCGGAGCAGCAGGCCAUGAUCAUCAGAGACUCGCAGGAUUCAGACCAGCAAAGUCUGAACAGCAAGAUCACAGAGGCGGUGGAGAAACUCAAGGACACGGAGACAGAAUUAGUCAAAGCCAAAGAGGAGAGAGAGUCCAAAGAGGCGGAGGUGGAACAACUGUUAAAGCAGCUUGAAGACGACAAGAAAACGAUGCAGGAGCUUCGAGUGGAGAUUCAGAAACAGACUGUGAGCCAUCGUCAUCAUCUCUCUGAAUGUGAAACACACAUCACCUCGCUGAAGGAGCAGCUGAGUUCAUCCACGGAGAAGCUGCAGGAGUCAGAGGAACUCGUUUCACAGCUCCAGGACAAAAACAUCAACAGUGAGGAAUUACAGCAGCAGCUUCAUGACAAAGAAGAGACGUAUGAAAAAGAGCUGAAAUCCUUCAAGGAAGAGCACAACAAACUCCUGGCACAGGCGGAGAAAUACAAGAAUGAACUACAGACAUUGUCCACACAGUUGGAGGAGCAGGUGCAGAGCGAAGCACAGAUCAGAAAAGAGAUGAGAGACAAAGUGGAAACAAUAGAAACAUUGGAAAAGCAGCUAAAGACAAACGGAAAACAAACGUCGGAGAAACAGAGGUUGAGCAAUGAGCUAAAAAACAAAACUGAAAACAUCUCCAAACUCAAGAACCUGUUGAAGAGCACGAAGACUGAGAAGCAGCAGCUGACUGAGGAGCUGGAGCUUCAGAGGCAGAGCGUCAAAGAGCUCAAUGAAAAGGUGACGUCUGCACUCGAGCUCAACGGCAGCCUGGAGAACCAACUGCUCUGCCUCACUCAAGAGAAACAAGGACUCGAAGUGGAAGUGAGCGAAAGUGUGAAAAACAUUUCAGACGUCACAGCUGAAAAGGAUUCUUUACAAGCUCAGAUAUCCGGACUGAUGACCCAGUGUUCACAGAAUGACAGAGCUGUUGAGGGGCUACAAAGAGAUAAAGAGGAACUGACUCUUCAAGUUCACGAGUUAAACGGAGUCCUGGAGCAAAGCACAAGCUCCAACUCCGAGAUGCUGCUGGAGAAAACAAACAAAUGUAGUCGCCUCAGCCAGCAGCUCCGGGAGCGGGAGGAGAAAGUGACCGAGCUGCAGGAGCAUGUGCAAAACCUGAGUUCUGAGGUCAAGCAGCUCCGGAGUGACGUGGCAGAGAAGGAGAAAACCUCGGCUGAGCUUCACGCACAGUUAAAGGCCGAACAAGACCAGCGAUCACAAAGUGAGGAAGCUCUGGGUCAGCUGCGAGGACGGGAGAGCAGCCUGAGGUCCGAGUUAACGGAGAAGGACGCCGUGUUGAAAGAGAAGCAGGACGAGUGUCGAGGUCUUCAGGAGGAAAUCACAGCUCAGAAAGAUAUGGUGUCCAAGCUGCAGGAGGAGCACUCACAACUCCGACUGCAAGUUCAGACCAGAGAUGAAAUGUUGGACAAUACGAAACAACAAUGUGAGAAUCACAAAGACAAACUGAACUCAAUGAACGAGACAGUCAAAUCUCAGAGUGAUCGAAUCAGUGUCAUGGAGGAGAAUGCCAGGAAGCUCCAGAAUGAGGCCGAGUUGAAGCAAACGGAGCUGAGUCGCUUGGACGAGCUCAUGCAGGCUCUCACAGAGGAGAACCACCAACUGGGAGCUGCUGCCGAGUCCAGAGAGAAGAAGCUUGCUCUUCAAACAUCUGAACUUGACUCACAGCUUCACACGACCCUGGAACAUAACUCCAGUCUGAGCAUGAAGAUCAGCAAACUAACAGAAGAUAACCAGAGACUCCAGGACGAGUUGGAUCAGAACAGCAGAUCCGUGUCUGAACUGACCACGGAGAUGAGUUUACUUCGAGAAAAAAAUGCUGGGCUAGAAAUCCAUAUCUCAGACGACAAGAAGAGAGUCGGCAGCUUGUUGAAGGAGAAGAAGAAGCUGAGCGCUGCCGUGGAUGAAUUAAGAAAGAUCCUCAAGGAGAGUGAGCUCUCAAACUCAGCAGCUUUGCUUGAGAAAACAAGUGAAUGUGCUCAUCUGUCAAAAACCCUCAGAGAGAGAGAAGAACAACUUCAAAGUUUACAGGAGGAAGUUGACAGCUUGAAAAUGCAAGAGAGUCAACUCAAUAUGUCUUUGAGUGAGAAAGACCAGACGCUAUCAGAACGGAGGAUUCAGUCGGAGGCUCAUCGGGAUCAGCUGCUGCAGCUUCACGACACCGUAUCUGCUCUUCAGGAACAAGCGUCUGUCCUGAAGUCCGGGUUGAUGGAGAAAGACGCAUCGAUUCAGCAGAAAGCGGAGGAGUGUAGCGUUUAUCAGAAGGAAGUCGAGCUACAGAAGGAUCUUGUAUCAAAGCUGCAGGUUGAGGUCGAAUCCACGAAACGGACGAUGGAGCAAAAAGAACAGACGUUAAGCAAAGUGUCAACGGAGUUUCAGAACCACAAAGAUGAGCUGAACAAGCGGAACGAGUCGGUGACUUCACUCAGCGGUCAGCUCGGUGCCAUGAACGAGAGCGCCGCAGAGAUGGAAGCUGAAAUCAACAACCUGAAGGCGGCUGUGCAGAAACUCCGAGCAGAAAACUCUCAUCUGACACAAGAGGACGGCCGGAGCAAAGCAGAGAUGAUCGAUUUUAAAGACAGCUUUCAGGCUCUGAAUGAGCAGAAUACAAGAUUAAAAUCUGAACUUCUGAACACGGAGACAGUUCUGUCCAAAGCACAGGAAGAAGUCGCAAAUCUCAAAACAUCUGUCAACGCUAUGGAGAAAGAGCUCAAGACGGCGUUCUCCGAGCAGGAGACUCUUCAUCUGAGCGUGAAGGGGAAAGACGACCGGCUGAAACAAGAGGAGAGUUUGAUCCAGCAGCUCAACGGUAGAAUCGCUGAGCAGGAGCAGCGGCUGAAGCAAAACGCAGAAGACAAAGUAAGUUUAUGUGCAAAAGUGUCCGAGCUGGAGGAUUCUGCCAGUAAGCUCCGAGGUCACGUUAACCACCUUACUGCAGAGUCGUCCAUCCUGAAGAACACGCUGGACAAGAAGGAACAGUCGAGCCUGGAAUAUCAGAGUCAUUCUUCAGCCGCUGUGGAAAAUCUUAAUUCCAUUCUACAAGCCCGAGAGGCAGAAGGUGAGAGGUUGAAGGAACAGACUUCACACCUGGAGGAAUCCGUCUCAAAGCUCAGCAGCAGCCUCCAAGCACAGUUGGCUGAAUCUGAAAACCUGAAAAAGGCCCUGGUGGAAAGAGAGGCCGCUCUUCUGAACCAAUCUCAGUCUCUUCAGGACGUCCAGAGACAAGCAGACGAGUCGUUGCUCUUUAAAACACAGUUCAUGGAAAGCACUGAGCUGGUGUCGCAGCUCCAGAGUCAGAUUCAGCUCCUGUCCACAGAGUAUGAAAACCUCCGAACGCCUGCAGAGGAAACGCAAAGUGCCUUCAAGAACCUUCAAGAGAAAUAUGCAGCCAACUUGGAGGAGCUGCAGGAGGUGAGACAGCAGCUGUCCAGUCGAGCUGAUGAGGUGUCCAACCUUCAGAAGUUACUGGAUGAUUCCAACAACGGACAUCAGGCGGCGAAGAUGAGCAUCGAAACACUGAGACACGAGUUUUCAGAUCUCCAACAAAGACUCAAGAAAACCAAAGACCUGAACUCAAGUCUCUCCAAGGAAAAGGAAGAAGCCUUUUCUUCUCACCAAGCAAGUGUGUCUCUGCUGACUGUGGAAAUAGAAAGGCUCAAAUCCCAACACCUUCAGGUCGCUGCACAGAUGAAUGCGCUGACAGAAAACCUGGAGCAGAGGGAACUGGCUCUGCAUGCGAUCAACAGCCAGUACACAGCCCAGGCUAAACAUGCUUCUCAGCUGGUUUCAGAAAUACAAAAACUAGAGGAGCAGAAUAAGAGGCUGAGCGAGGAAAUGAGUUUGUCAACGGCAGAGCGUCAGAAGCAUCUCGACACGGUCUGUAACGAGAGUUCACGUUUGCAGGAGGAAGUUAGGAAGCUCCUUGCAGUGAAGGAGGAGCUGGAAACGAGUCAGCAUCAGAUCCGGACAUCGCACGAGGAGCUGCAGCUUCACAUGCAGCAGCAGGCCAGCAGCAUGAAGGAGAACAUGGAGCAAAUGGUGUCGGAGAGGGAGAUCCUUCAAGCCAAGGUUAGUGCCAAAGACGAAGAACUUUCUCAGUUAACAGAAAACAUUCAAAAGAUAGAACAAAUUCUGCAGGAUUCAGAGAAAGAGUGGCUGUUAGUUCUGGAUAAAGAGAAGCAGGAUAGGAAUCGACUUGCAGAACAAUUGAAAAGUGUUGAAAAUGAAAAGAAAUCUAAAGAUGUUAAAGUGAACGCUUUGAAACGAGACUUGGACAGUUUGCAGGAGAAGCUAGCCGAGGCUUCCUCUGCAGUUAGACAAGGGUCCGAUCAACUGAGCGCCAAAGAGUCCGAGGCCUCAGCCUCCAGGAUUCAACUGGAGAAGCUGUUAGCAUCUUUUCAGGAAAAGGAUAAAGAGAACCAUGAUCUGCAGCAGAAUCUAAAUACUGUGGAAUGUGAGUUAGAAAAACUUCUCCCACGAAAAUUACGCUCUGACAAAGAUUCAACCUCCUCUGAGUUAAAUACAAAACCAGGCUCUUUACAGGACAUGAUAAAACAGUUAGAGGACAGACAUCAGUCCGAGGUAGACGCUCUAAGAAACGAGUUGGAUAAAGUGCUUCAUGAAGGAGGGAGGAGUGAGGAGGUGAAGAGUCAACAAGUUGCUCUUCUACGAGACGAGGUCGAGCGUUUACGAACGCAGCUCACCUCUGAGUCACAGAACCUGAAAGAAGCUGCUGUCAAACUCUCGUCUUUACACAGUGAGGUACAAGCAAAAGAUGAGCAGAUUAACAGUCUGGGCUGUCAGAUAAACCAGCAGAAGGAAUUACUCGCUGGACUAAGUCAGCAGAUGAGAGAUAAAGAUGCAUCCGUCGCCCAAGUCAUGGAAUCUGCCUCCAACGAAAGAGUGAAACUCUGUGAGGAGAAAACGUCCCUGAUGGUACAAGUGGAAAACAUGCAGCGAGCACACGAAACCUCCACGAGAAGGUCAGAGGAGUUAGAAGUUAAUCUUCAGCAGUUAGAAGAUACAAUCUCUCGCUCUCAAUGUGAAAUCAACUCCACGAGUUCAGAGAAGCUCGAGCUGCUUCGGGAAAGGGACGAUCUGAAAGGGGAACUCGCCAAGUUGUCCAAAGAAAAAGACGGCGUGAAGAAGAAGCUUCAAGCUGCUCUCGUCGUGAGAAAGGAUCUGAUGAAGAAACUUCAGGAGUAUGAAAAGCAGAAAGAAGAGAGUGUGAACUCUGAGAAACAGGAGGUUUCGCUUUUACAGGAUAAACUACAGGAAACAACACAUCAGGCUCAGGCAACAGCAGAAAAGUAUCAGGAACAAGUUUCCCUUCUUGAACACACAAUUCUACGGAGAGAGGGAGAGAUCGAAGAACACAAAACACAGAGCGAGAGACUUCUCGAACAGUUGGAGUCAGAAAAACUGAUUCUGCAGAGCACGUUGAAUCAGAAAGAAAUGUGUUUGUUAGAAAACCUGCAAACACUUAGUGAGCAAACCUCCGUCGUGGAGCAGCUGCAGUCCAACGCUGCAGAGGCUGAAGAAGCUUCUGAGCGAGACAGAAACGCUUUGAUCCGGAAAGUAGAGCAGCUUCAAGAUGAGAUCAGGACACGUAAGAAUGAGUUACAGGAGAAAUCCUCCUCUGCUGCUGCGGAGUUAGAAAAUGAACUCGCACAGGUGAAGUCCGAAAAGGCCGUUCUACAGAAGAAAGCUCAGGCUGCUCUGCUCGCACGCAAAGAGACGAUGAAGAAAGCUCAAGAGAAUGAAAAGAAAUUAACUCAAGAACUGGCUGAGCUGAAGGACGACUACAAGGCUCUGCUGGAGCAACGCUGUCAGCAGACAAACGAGCUGAACGCCAUCCAGAUCAACUUGGACGAGAAGGUCAGGGAGCUGGAGAACCUCCAUAGAACCUCUUUGUCAUAUCUGGAUGAACUGGGCACUCUGAGGCAGCUGGUCGAGGAGCGGGACAAAACUCUUCAAGAUCUGAAGAUGUCUCUGGCGGAGAAAGAGAGCCAGUGUCACUCUCUGUCCCUCGUUCAGUCAGAGCUGGAAACCGUGAGAUCCCAAGCUGAGAAGAUGUCUCUGGAGAUGGCAACUAAAGAGGAUGUUCUCGUAGUCACGGAGCAAAGAACCGAAGCUUUGAAGUCACAACUUCAUCUUGCCGAGAACGACCUGGAGAGAGUGCGAGAAGAAGUACGAGAGAAAACGGAAGAAAUUGAGAAAUAUAAGCAAACAAUCCAGGUCGUUGAGGAAGUGGCCCAACAGGAGAAGCAGAAGAACAUCUCUUACCAACACAUGAGCGCAAAUGAAGAAAAGUUUAAAAUCGUAGACGAAGAAAAGGAGGCUGCUUUAGAGCAGAUGAAAGUGGAACUUGAGACAGCUCUUGCUUUAGUUUCACAGAAAUCCCUGGAAGUGUUAACCAUCCAAAAGACUCUAACUGAAACUCAGCAGCAGCUCAUUGAGGACAAACUGGUUUUGACUGAGGAGCUUGAAGAAGCACAUCUGCAUCGUACCGAGACAGACAGGGUUCUGGGUUUGUUCAAGCAAGAAAAAGAAAAUGCUUUUCAAUCGGUCCGUGAUCUCAGAGGUGAAGUGACAGCGCUCACCGAGCAGCUGAAGGAGGCAGAGAGGCUGAACCAGCAGCUCCAUCAAGAGACGCCUGAGAACCUCGAAGUGAAACUGAAGGAGAGAGACGAAGCUCUGUUGGUCUCUCAGGCUCGAGUGGCAGAAAAGGACGAGCUAAUUGCUGCACUCGAACAGCAGCUACAGCAGCGAUUACACACGCACGACACUGCCAUUGAAAGAAUGAGAGUCGAGGCUGAUGAGCUUCAGAAAUCUCAAGAAGACGGCAACAAAGCAAACAGUCGAGACAUCCAAAGCAAAAUUACUCUCCUAACCAGGAAGCUACAAGCUGCUCUACUUUCCAGGAAAGAACUCUUGAAGGAAACUGCAACACUCAAGGAAGAAGUAGAAAAGCUUUCAGCCAGACACGAAGCCAAAUCAGAUGAAUGUUCUGUCCUGGAAUCAUCGGUUGUCAGGUUGAAACAACAGAAUUCAGAUCUGGAAACCUCGGUGUCGUCACUGAACAAGGAGAAAGAAGAGCUCAACUCCAGCAUCGAUAGAGUCCGGGAUGAUAAUCUCAGUCUGUCAGCGGCUUGCGACAGCUUGAAACUGACCAUAGAAAACAUGACUCAGCAGAAACAAGCCUUCUCAUGUCAGCUGGAAUCUCUGAAGGAUUCUCAAACAGACGAGCUGUCCAAGUGGAAGUCCAGGCACGCCGAGCUGAAGCAGGAGUACGAAUCUCUUCUGGAGUCUUAUGAAAACGUUAGCAGUGAAAUGGACAAAAUGAGACAGUUUCUGGAAGGAGCCAAACGAGACAGACAGGAAGCCGUCCGCAAAGCACACAGCCAGCAGACGGAGACGGAGACGAUGGAGAAGCAAGCCCGAGACAUGGAGGAGGAAAAUGAAAGAAUCAAAGAGAGGAUGAGAAAAUCUUCCAAAGAGAAACUGCAGAGGAUUAAUGACCUGGAGGAAGAGAAUCAGAAAAUCAAACUAGAGUUGACUGAGCACGAAGGAAAGCAGAAGACAUUGAUGUGCGAGCUGACUGACAGAAAUACGGAGCUGGAGGCUGAGAGGCGUCGACUUGAAGAGUCUUCAGAGGAUCUCAGAGAGAAACUUACAGAGAUCCAGGCUGAGAGAAGCCAACUGGAGGAGAAGCUGGAAGAGGCGAGCAGCUCCUUGGAAAACAGUCACACGGAAUCAAACACGUACACAAGCAACAUGCAGCUGAAACUGGAUGAAGCACUCGGACUGAAUAAUUCUCUGACUGCUCAGAUCGAAGCCCAGAAAACCGAGCUCGGCGCUCAGUUGGAAAUCAACAACUUGUUACAGAAGGAGAAGAAAAGUCUGUCUGAAAGAAUCGAGGAGGUACAGAACGAUCACGAGCUGCAGCUGGGACAGAAGGACGAGGUCAUCAAAGAGCUGAAGGACGAUAUCUACCGUCGCAGCCGAGAGACGAUAGGUCUGAACGAGAAGGUGAGAAUCCUGGAGGAUGACAAGUCUGUGCUGCAGGAGGAGCUCGAAAAUGUUCAAGAGACUUCAGACAAAGUGAAAAAUGAAAAUGAGUAUUUGGAGAGUGUGAUCCUGAAGAACUCCGAAAGGAUCGACGAGCAGACAGAGUCCGUCGGCGUUUUGCAAACACAGAACACACAGCUGGCGUCUCAGCUGGCGGCCAUCAAGGAGAGGAGCGAUCAGGUUCGACAAGAAAAAGAAGAGGAGCAACUCAAGUUGGUCCGAGGGUUUGAGGAGAAACUCAAGACGGAGCAGAGAGGAAACCAGGGCUCCAAGAACGUGAGGAACGAACUACGAGAGCUGCUCAAAGAAAAGCACCAGGAGAUAAAUCAACUGCAGCAAAACUGUAUCCGAUACCAGGAACUGAUUUUAGAUUUAGAGAGCUCUUUGAAGAGCUCGCAGUCGGCCUGUGACCUCCUGGAGAAAGAAGUGAAGAAAGGCUCAGAGAAAGUAUCGGCUCUGGAGGAGAGAAGUAAAGAAGUCGAAGCUGCGCUGAUAACAAACAGAAAUCUCCUCCAGGAGGCAGCAGAGAAGAUUCAGAGUGUCCAGACUGAGAAAGAACAGCUGCUUCUGGAGAUGUCCCAGCAAAGUCAAAAGUCUGAAGAGAAAAGAAAUUUGCCACAAGUUAUGGACGAGAGGCAAAUAAACGCAUAUAUGCAGAAUCAGUUUGUGUUGCAGCAACAGAUCGAUGAACUCAAAGAGUUGAAAGAUGAAGAAAGUGUCAAAGUGAAUGAACUGAGACAACAUGUCGACGCUCAGAACCUUCAGAUGAACACUCUGAAGAGAGCAGCGGAGACCAACGAAGCCAAACUCUCAGCGUUAUCUUCCACUGCUCGAGGGGCGCAUGCCACCAAGCGCUGGAGCGACAUGUACCAGAAGACACUGAACGAGAAGGACAACCAGCUGCUGGAGCAGGGCUUUGUGAUCAAACGAUUCCUGGAAGACAUGAGAGUGAAAGACAAAGAGGUGAAUGAGCUCCGAGUUACCAAGUCGAGACUGGAGAGGACGCUGAGCGAGUACUCCGUCGCUGCCGCGGCUCAACAGAGGCAGCUGUUUGUGAUGAGCGCCAGCAGCGCCGAGCUGAGCGAGUCCGCCGAGCUGAUGACCGUUCAGGUGAAGGAACUCAGCGCUCAGGUGGAAAGAACAGAACGCGAUAAAAACGGACUGAACCGGCGGCUCGUGGACAAAGAGGACGUGAUUUCCCGACUGCAGCUGAAUCUCCAGCAGGUGGAGAAGAUAAACGCCGACACGGACGCUCAGCUGCUCCUCCUACAAACUCAAAAUGACAAACUCCGCGCCAGCUUUGAGAAACAGGAGGGAAUUUCUCUGCAGCUGAAAACGCUGCUUCAGGGCAAAGACGCCGAGAUCUCGUCCUUGUUGUCCUCUCGAGACGGACAGAUGUCGGGGUACCUGGAGCAGCUCCAGGCUAACUACCGCUCGCAGGUUGCAGUUUACGAGGACAGGUUAACGUCUUCACGCUACCAAAGGGAAAAGGCUGAUAAAGGGUUAAGAGGAUUUGAAACUAAGGUCAAAAGUCUGCAGAUUAAAGCGAACAAGUCUGUCCAGGAAAAGGAGCAGAUGGCAGCAAAGAUGGAAUCAUUCAAGAACUCCAUGGUGUCUUUACAAAGCGAGCGGGAGCGACUCGUGUCAGAAUACAGAAUCCUGGAGGCGAAGAGCGAGUUGGGGUUGAAGGGCAAAGACGGCUCUGCUGACGGAGAAGGUGGGGCAGCCAAAGGCCUCAAACACGAAAUCAGGAAGUUGCUGCAUCAGAUGGAUGAUCUCAACUCUGAGAAUGCGAUGCUCAGGGCUCAGCUGGUCCGGUACAGGGAGGAUCUGAAUCAAGUGUUGUCUCUGAAGGACAACCAGUUGAAGGUGCUGCUGAAGAAGCAGCAGGAAGUGAUUAAAAACCUGGAGAACCAGAAGGCUGCAGUAGACAAGCAGCACAGAAAGUCUCGGCUGGAGCUGCAGAAGGAGGAAGAGGUGAGCGAUUCGUUGACGGAGGAGAAUUCUAAACUUACAGCUCAAGUUUCAAGACUGGAAAUGGAAAUAUCCACUCAGAAACUUGACAGAGCGACGACAGAUGUGGGCAAAGUGAUUUCUGAUUUGCAGGAGGCUGUGGCAGCCAAAGCAGCUGAGUGUAACGACCUCCAGCAAAAACUCUUCUCCCAGAAAACCUUAAAUGAUGAAGUCAAAGCAAACAUGCAGCUGGUUGAAAAUGAGACGGACAAGAAACUGGCUGAAGCUGAAGAUAAAUACAACUCGGAGCUGGACGCCUUCGAGCGGGAGGUGGAGCUGAUGAGGAAUGAGCACGAGACCGCCGAGCAGCGGGUGGCCGAACUCGCCAGAGACCUUCUCCAAGUGGAGCAGCAGUUAUCAGAGGCCAGAACUCAGAGUAAAGAUCUGACGGCUCAGAAUGAGUCUCUGUGCAAAGCCAUGGCUGCUCUGCAGAACGACCGAGACCAGCUCAUCGAAGACUUCAAGGUCCUGAGAAACAGAUAUGACGAAGAACUCCGAGAGACGCAGGCAGCGCUGACCCAGGUGGAGCGCAGCCUGCAGGACGCCACCUCGGACCUGGCCAUGUUCGCCAAAGAGCGGGACAUCCUCGUUCAUAAAGUCAACGCUUUGGACGGCAAAGACACCGACGCGGAGCUGAACAAGCUGUUGGACGAGCUGACGAAGGCCUUGUCCGAGAAGGAGAAGGAGCUGAAGCAGGUCUCCAUGGAAAACAACACCUACAGCAGGCAGCUGUCGGCCUUCUCCAGGUCAAUGGCCAGCCUCCAAAACGACCGCGACCGGUUGAUGGACGAGUUGGCCGGAACCAAACGAGCGGUUGAGUCCCGACAGGGUUCGAGCCCAGAGACAACCUCUUCAAAGUCUGAAGGAAGUGGCGUCAGUUUCCUCCCGAGUGAGAGAGACGGGCGGGAAACGGACGAGCUUCAACAAACUCACCGGACGCCACAGGAAGGAAUCAGCUCUCGGGAGGAAGCCGCCAAUCUGAGGACUGACAGACAGAGGAAGGACUCACCUCCAGUCAAACAGGAAGCGGUUGCUCUGUCCGGGCGCAGUGUGACGGAGGAGGCGGUGAGUCGGUUGGAGGCCGAGCGGCUUCAUCUUCACGGGAACCUGCAGCGCUGCGUGUUCGAGAUCCAACAGAGAGACGUGUACGUCCAGCAGCUCAGCACCAAGCUGCAGCAGGCCGUGGAGGAGAAAGGUGCAGUCGCAGCUCAGCUGACGUCCGUGUCCCAAACGCUGAGGGACACUCAGAACCGCUGCCACUGGCUGGAGAGACCAGGACAAGCUCAGGGGUCAGUGUAUGCUGAGGUUGCACCCGGAGCUCCACAGGAGAGAAGUAACGACUCCACGUUUCUGGAACCUGAAGAAGUCAAUCAGCUCCGAGAGAGGCUGCAGGAGCUGGAGCAGAUUCUGGCAGAUGAAAGAAGCCGGAGAGAAACAGCUGAGGAGUCUCUGCGUCUCGCUGACGACCGAACGAAGGGUUUGGACGCUCAGAGGGAUUUCAGUAUCGAGAUGGAGCCGGAGGACGAGUGGGAGGCGCUGAGUCUCGACCCCACCCAACCUCUCAUAGCACGACAGGUGAAAGGCGGCGUGGCGGCGUGUCGACGAUGGCUCAGAGGGCGGAGCCUCUACUUCUCCAAGCUGCUGACGAGCCGCGCCCGCUCUCGACACCUCUUCCUCUUCUACCUUCUCACGAUACACGUGCUGGUCCUCAUGUGCCUCACUGGCGCCCUCUAGUGACGCGAUGCUGGAACCAACACGCUGCACGUUUAUCGCAUCUGUUCCUGGUUCACGUUCACGAGCGUUUCUUGGAAUCUGGAUUCAGUUCUUACUUUUAACCGAUUAUUUUAUUUUUUAUCGAAGGCUGGAAACGUGAGUUAUUGAUGAGAAUCAAAAACAACGUCUGAACUGUUUUGAUUUGUUUCGAUUCAUUUAAAUUGAUUUUCUAGAUAUUUUCUAUUGGGAACUGAAGCCUUAAGACACCACACGCCUCUUCUUUCUUCAUCAUGUGUUCUCCUCCUUCAUCCUCUUCAUCCUCUUCUUCAUCCCCUCCUUUCCUUUCUCCUCCUCCUACUCUGUCACCUUCUUCUUCUUCAUCCUCUUCCCCUCCUUUCCUUUCUCCUCCUCCUACUCUAUCUACUUCUUCUUCUCCUUCUCCAUCCUCCCCUACUCUUCGUCCUUCUCCAUCCCCUCGUUUCUCUUCUCUUCCUUCUUCUCUAUCUUCUAACACUCUGGUGGAUUCCCUCAUUAUUAAUCUUCUUGUUGUUAUUGUUUUUAUGGCCUGUUGCCUGGGACGUGGUUGGAGAUCUAUCUUCUGUGGAUGAUGCAGCUUGAGGGCGAUGAUGUAACUUUAUGAAAAGAGGAAGCUGUAAACACUUCCUGUUCAAACACGACGUCUUGAAAUCCAUUUCCUGUCCAGCUCCAUGUUCUCUACCUGAGAACAAACAUCACAUCCUGCUUCUCAGACGCGAUGCUGAGUUUAAACUAUGCACUGAAAACGCUCAUGUAAUUAUCUCAUACGAGCUCAGCAGCGCCCCCCCUCUGUCACCCUGAUACCUUUGAACUGGUGUGUGUGUGUGUGUGGGUGUGUGUGUGUGUGUGUCCUCACACUUAUUAAAGUUAUUGAGCGACAGAUAAAAUAUUAAAUCCUCCUCCAGUGUCACAUUAUGCUGAUGAAAGUUCACUGUAAAAAAACUAGACAUGAGGUUUGUAUUUAAUUGAUUCCCUGUAUUUAUGUGGAUGCUGUACAGUCUCUGUAUCUAUGUACAGUAUAAAAAUGCAUUUCUAUCCAUGAUGUACAUUUGUUAUUGAGCGUUUUCAACUAACGAGCCAGAAAAAGAUUUAAAAGAAUGUCUGUUGUUUUAAAGACGAGUGAAACAGAAUGAGACGUGUGACAGGUUUUUUCUGGCUGGUUAAUUGAGGAGUUGAUUGGUUUAUAGUUUGCUUCACUCCCUUGUUAUGAUCUGUACAUAAAGAUGAUCGAUGGACGAUACAUGAACUGAAUCUAUUUAUGAAAAAGGUACACUACUGAAAAAGGCUUAUUUUCUCUUGCCUGUAUUUUUCGGAGCGUCUGAUGACAUGAGGCUUCACUCGGUGCAAUACUGUGUCUCACUACCAUCGCAAAGAACUUUAAUAAAGCUUGUUCCACUUUUCCCCA